AUGGUGAAGGAUACCACGUACUAUGAUAUAUUAGGUGUAGAACCAACAGCUACAGAUGUUGAAUUGAAAAAAGCUUAUAGAAAACAAGCAAUCAAAUGUCAUCCAGAUAAAAACGCAAAUGAUCCAAAAGCAGCAGAACAAUUUCAAGAAUUAGGAGAAGCAUACGGAAUAUUACUGAACCCGGAUACCAGAGCUGCAUAUGAUGAACUUGGAGUUGAAGGAAUGAAGGCUAGUCCACUUGGACAAGAAGCUGCUGACAUUGAUCCUGCUGAAUUCUUCUCGAUGGUGUUUGGGGGAGAAGCAUUUAAAGAUUGGGUUGGGGAAUUGUCAAUGCUUCAGGAUCUUGCAAAGACUGCUGAGGAAUUGGAUGAUGAUGAGAAGAAGGAAAAUGCAGAACAGGCUGAAGUUGCCACUUCCACUAAUGGUGCCGCAAGUAAUAGCACCCAGGUUCAAGCUGUCAACGUGGCCCUGGAAAGUAGUGUCAAUAGUAGUAAUAACAAGACUGAAAUGAGUGAAUUAACAUCUGAGAAUAUCAAGAAGAGAAAGAGUAAGAUGACAAAGGAACAACGAGAAGCAAUGACAAAGAGAUUCGAAGAAGCUAAAAUUGCCAAACAAAAGCGGAUCGAUGAAUUGGCCAAGUCCUUACUAUCUAGAAUUGAAAGCUAUGAAAGCUCAGAGAAGAAUGCUGAUGCUAUGGAACAAUUCACAAGGAAAUUGCAAACUGAAUUUGAAGACAUGAAAAUCGAAAGUUUUGGUAUUCAAUUAUUACAUCUUAUUGGAAAAAUAUAUUCCAAUAAAGGAAGUGCCACUAUCAAGGCCAGUAAAACAUUCGGAGUGUCAAAAAUCUUCACCAGUGUCAAAUCUAAGACCGAGACAGUUAAGAACGGAUAUUCCAUUUUGAAGACUGCCAUGGAUGCACAAAUGUCAGCCGAGGAUAUGGUGAAGAGACAAGAAGAACUUGUUGUUGCACAAGCUGCUGGAUAUGAACCAUCAGAAGAAGAGAUUUAUGAACAUCAGGAAGCAGAAAGGUUAAUUACCGGGAAGUUUUUGGCCACUGCAUGGGCAUUGACUAAAUUCGAAGUUACAGAUGUAUUGAAUAAGGUCUGUAGUCAAGUCUUAAACGACAAAGCAUUAUCAAAGAAACAAAAGGUUUCUAGAGCCAACGCUAUUUUAUACAUUGGAAAAGAAAUGCUUAAAGUUCAAAGAACACCAGAAGAAGAAGAAGAGGCACAGAUAUUUGAAGAAUUGAUGGCUGACGCAAAAGCAAAGAAAUCCAAGAAGAAAAAGCAUCCUAGAUUUAGUGAUAAAGAGCUCGAAGAGUACAUGAGGAAGAUUGAUAUAGAGCAAGAGGAAUCAGAAUCUUCUGCAAAUAAUUGA